GAUUAGGUGCGUAUACUUCCCAACGUAGAAUAGUUGAAAGUAUUCUUUUCACGUUUACUCCUUUUGGUGUAACACACCAUCCAGACAAAUAAAUAGGCUCGAGUGGUUCAACCACCCUCGAGCUUCUGUGUCCUCCCCCCUUCAACGUUCUCAAAGCGCCAUCUCAUCCCGCUGUGCAACAUGACAGACGUCGAGAAAGGACACUCUUCUCAGGCCGAUAACGGUCCUCAGCCUCGUCAGGACCAGUUCGUCAACAAUUACGAUGGCAGACACUCCUUUGCUCCCCGCCCAACGAAGAUAGGUAACCCUGGUGCCCUUGGUCUCUUUUCUUUCGCGUCGACGACGUUCUUGUUAUCGCUCCUCAACGUCAACGCGCGCAGCCUCACCGAACCCAACAUCGUCGUUGGUAUGGCUCUCUUCACUGGUGGUCUUGCUCAGUUCAUGGCGGGUAUGUGGGAAUUCCCACGCGGAAAUGUGUUUGGCGCAACUGCCUUUACUUCCUAUGGCGCGUUCUGGAUGUCAUUUGCCACUAUCUUGAUCCCAAGCAGCGGUAUCGCAUCUGCGUACGCCACAGCCGACGAAUUAAAUGAAGCUCUCGGUCUCUACCUCAUGAUGUGGUUUGUCUUUACCAUGCUUUUGACCCUUGGUGCACUGCGUCGCAACGUUGCUUUUAUCGCUCUUCUUGGAUUCCUGUCCCUCACCUUCCUGUUACUUGCCAUUGCCAAGUUCAACGGAAACUUGAGCAUUCAGAAGGCUGGUGGUGCAUUUGGAAUUGUGACAGCGUGGAUCGCGUACUACGCCGCUGUUAGUGAAUUGCUUGUUCCCGGAGAGAGCUGGUUCACGCUUCCAUUGGGUGGUAUCAAGCAGAAGAGAGAGGAUUAAGCGAGAGGCUUUCCACUGAAGGUAAUUGAAUAUACAAAACCACACAAUAUCAGGCUUGCUAUACACGGUGGAUCGACUAUAGGGGCGGCCCGGUACAGGAAUAUUCUACAGUAUCCUUCUAUCUCAGAUAAACGGUUUAUACAUUUACUUUCACCUUCCAUCACCGCGGUACCUUCUCUUAUCUAGUUACUUUACCAUUUUUUUUCAUAUGCCGUCUUGUAUGUGAUCAUCGUUGUUUCAUCCUCGAUAGUACACCACUUCUGUCAUCCCCUUUGUGAAUGGUUUUAACUCCAUUUUGUCUUAUGUUAAUUUUUCAGUUUCUUCUUCGGAGGUAGUAUAUCCAUAUACUAGUAUCGAACUUUAAUGCAGUCUAG